AUGGAAGAGUUUCCGGAAGGUGGUUUUUUCAAAGGAAAGAAUUUUGUUUUUGAUCAUAGGGUUUCGGUUGCCAGCUCAGAUCCAAGAAUCUUGGGGAGUUGUCUGGUGUGUGAAAUCCCGUUUGAUGAUUAUUCUUCUAGAAGCCGAUGUAAUUUCUGUCGGAUGUUGGUGUUGGUGUGCCACUCGUGCGAGGGUAAAAAUGGAAAGUUAUUUGUUUGUGAGUUAUGUCAGAAAUACGGUAAACAUGGAAAAAAUUCAAAUGGAGAAAAUUCAAAUGGAAAAAAUUCAAAUGUCAUUAUCGCCCCUCGGAAAAAACUUAGGGUUUUAUGCUUACAUGGGUUCCGACAAAACGCGUCUAGUUUCAAAGGGCGAACCGCGUCUUUUGUUAAAAAACUAAAAAACAUCGCCGAGUUUGUUUACAUCGACGCGCCACAUCAGCUCCGGUUCAUCUACCAAGAGAAAAACGACGCUGACGUGGCACUCACGCAACCGAAAUCCGGAUGCAACAGAAAGUACGCGUGGUUGAUCGAUCCGAACGAUGACGUUGACAAAAGUGGGGACGCGGGUACGGAUUGGGAAACGGGUGGGGCCCACCGUUUUGAUUGCAGACAGUACGAGCGCCAGACUGGCGGUUUUGAUGAGUCGUAUGUUUAUCUGAGAGAAAAAGUGGCGGAAGAAGGACCGUUUGAUGGGGUUUUGGGGUUUUCACAAGGGGCGGCUAUGGCGGCUUGUGUUGCUUUGAAAGGUGAGAUGGGUUUUAGAUUUGUGAUAUUGUGUUCGGGGUAUUUUUGUAAUUUUGGUGAGUUUGGUGAGGGGAGUUUGAUUAAGUGUCCUUCUCUUCAUAUAUAUGGGAGUGAUAAUGGGAAAGAUAGACAAAUAGGGUUUGAUGAGAGUAGAAGACUUGCUUUGAUGUUUGAGGAGGGGUGUUCGGUUAUGGUGGAACAUGAUUUUGGUCAUAUUAUUCCUACAAAGUCACCGUAUAUCGAUACGAUUAAAGAUUUUCUUCAACGAUUUCUUUAG